AUGAAUAAUAAAAUCACAAAAAAUAUUGAAAGCCAAAUAUUAGAGGCUUUAAAAGAUAAAGAAGAUGAAUUAGAUUUAGAAAUAAGAAGAUAUGAAACACUACAGAAAAGGAUUUCUGAUGAAAAUGAUGAAGAAUUAGAAAGCAUUAAAAAUAAAAGAUUACAAGAAUUAAAAAAUAAACAUAAAGAAAAGUUAACUUUAUUAAGAAAAGGUCAUGGAUCAUAUAAAGAAGUAUUAUCAGAAAAAGAAUUUUUUGAAAUUUGCAAAAAUUCAAAGAAAGUUUGUUGCCAUUUUUAUAGAAAUACUACAUGGAGAUGCCAAUAUUUAGAUAGUAAAUUGAUUAGCUUAUCCAAGAAAUUUUUAAAUAUUAAUUUCAUUAAAAUAAAUGCGGAAAAGUCUCCUUUUUUAUGUGAAAGAUUAAAAAUUUGGUGUAUCCCUACUUUAAUGCUUAUACAGGACGGCAAAACAGAACAUUCUGUUAUUGGAUUUGAUGAAUUAGGAGGAGAUAAUUUUUCUGAAAAAACCUUAAUUAAUGUUUUAAUAAAAUGGGGAUUAAUAGAUAAAAAGGAAACAGAAGAUUAA